AUCUCGUUUAGGUUUAGGUUUCGGCUCUAAUUGCACAGCGUCUUAUCAUAAUUUAUCAAAACAUACUUAUUUUACCAGCACUGCAUAUAACGUCAAUAAAAAAAACUCAUAAAACAUGUCUGCGGAAAAGAGGCCGGCCAGCCCGGAGAAAGCAGAGGAAUCUGAAGAUGCCGACGCCUGGAUCGGUCCUAUGCCAUCAGAGGCGGCUGUACCCAAACAUAAGAAAAGAAAAGUUCUAGAGUUUGAAUCCUUGUAUUUGGAGAACCUGCCUUCCUCGGAGACCUACGAGCGGAGUUACAUGCACAGAGAUGUGGUCUCACAUGUGGUUGUCACCAAAACAGACUUUAUUGUCACAGCCAGUCAAGAUGGACACCUCAAAUUUUGGAAGAAACAGGAGGAGGGCAUAGAGUUUGUAAAGCAUUUCCGCUGUCACCUCUCCACCAUCAGUGACAUCGCAGCCAACAGCACCGGAUCCCUGCUGUGCACCGCAUCUCCAGAGAAGACACUCAAAGUCUUUGAUGUUGUCAAUUUUGACAUGAUCAACAUGAUCACAGUGGAGUUUGAGCCGUACCGAGUGGAGUGGGUGCAUUCUGCCGGCGACCCCAUAUCAGCAUUGGCAGUUUCAGAGAAAGGAAGCAACAAGAUCCACAUAUUCGACGGCACGCAAGCCUCGGGCGCCCCCCUCCACACAUUCGAGACCCUCCACCAAAGCACAGUGGCCACCAUCCGAUACAACCCGGUUUACGAAACAGCGGUGUCCGUCGACAAAGCUGGUAUAGUGGAAUACUGGACCGGGCCGAAGCACGAAUACAAGUUCCCUAAGAACGUCGAGUUCGACUCUAAGCUGGACACGGACCUGUUCGACUUCGUGAAGAAUAAGACCUAUCCGACGUCGGUGGCCUUCUCGCCGGACGGGAAGAAGAUGGCCUCCAUCAGCUUGGACAGAAAGGUGCGUGUGUUCAAUUUCGUGUCAGGCCGGCUGAGCAAGGUGCUGGACGAGAGCCUGCAGCGCUUCCAGGAGCUGCAGCACCAGCACCAGCAGCUGCCCAACAUGGAGUUCGGACGGAGAAUGGCCACCGAGCGAGACCUAGAAAAAUCCGACUCUGUCCACUAUGCGAACAUAACGUUCGACGCGAGCGGCCAUUUUGUAUUGUACGCCACCAUGCUAGGCGUGAAGAUCGUCAACCUGGUCACCAACCGCUGCGUCACCAUGCUGGGGAAGCCGGAGAACCUUAGGCCGUUGCACUUAGCUCUAUUUCAGGGUCGAACCAACCAAUCAAAAGUGGCCUCAACCCUCGAGAUGGAGGGCUCAGAGAACCCCACACUCCUCAACAUCAAGACGGACCCGACGUUAUUCUGCACGGCCUACAAGAAGAACCGCUUCUACAUGUUCUCUAGAAGAAGUCCAGAUGACAUCAAGAGUCCGGAUGCUGACAGAGAUAUAUUUAAUGAAAAGCCGUCGAAGGAAGAUAUCAUUUCGGCGACGGAAGGGCAAGGCGUCCAACGCAUAUACGAGCAGGCCAUCCUGCACACGUCACUCGGCGACAUCCACAUCCGUCUGUUCGGCAAGGACACACCGCGCGCCGCCGAGAACUUCUGCGUGCACGCCAGGAACGGGUACUACAACGGACACAUCUUCCACCGCGUCAUCAAGGGGUUCAUGGUGCAGACGGGGGACCCUACAGGCACCGGCACUGGCGGUGAGAGCAUCUGGGGUGGCGAGUUCGCGGACGAGUUCAAGCCUCACUUGAAACACGAUCGACCUUACACGGUCAGCAUGGCGAAUGCCGGACCCAACACUAAUGGCAGCCAGUUCUUCAUUACUCUCGCACCCACGCCGUGGUUAGACAACAAACACACAGUAUUCGGUCGCGUAGUCCGCGGCAUGGAGGUCGUACAGAACAUCGGCCAGGCCAAGACCAAUCCCAAGACUGACAAGCCAUAUGACGACAUACGACUCGUCUCCGUCACUGUCAAAUAACUGUCAAUGUCAUUAAUGUAGCAGGGAGUAAGAACCACCGGCCAAGACAAGACCGCCAAGCCUUAUACGGACCGUGCGCGUUGGAGGGUCUGCCAUCUUGUGGCCUGAGUGAGGAAACAUAUGUGCACAUGUACAUUGCCAAAGCAAGUGCUACCAUCUACCGUUCUCGUCGGUACGUUUCCUUGUGUAUAGUAGGUUCUGCCAUCUUGUGGGCUACAUCGGAAGCAUAAACGACACAUUUACGCCUCGCGCCAAAAAUCUCAGCUCCUGUGCUGCCUCCUAUAGUUCAUGCACGCUCCCUAUGACGACAUCCGACGAUUUUUUUUACCAUUAGGAUAAGACUAAGCGAUCUUGACGUGUCUUUUAAUUGAAAAACGCUUUUUAAAAAUCAGUAACUAUUACAUAUUAAAGCAAAAGAACGUAAAUAAUCGUAUAUAAUUCAUAAUUGUUACAUAUUUGCCGUGACUUAUGUUUUCAAAAGUGUUUUUCGGUAACAACUUAUUCUUGGAACGGUACGAUAACCUCUACUUGACCGCCUAUCCUCCCAGCCAUACACAUGAAAAAUCCAGAAUUUGCUACUGAAAUUUGAACUUUUAGUGCAGGGAAUAGAGUUGAUUCAUUAACGUAUAUAUCUAUGGACUGGCUUUACGGGCAUUAAAAAUGGUGCUGGUUCAGCGGUGUUACUCUCGAAUUUCAGCCAAUCGUGUAGUGUAACGCAACAAGUUGCGACCAAUAGCGCGCGUGAUGCGAACUGGUCAACCAAUCGUGCGCGUGAUUCGAACUCAUAAAGCAAUCGCGUUGUGGCGGUGUCACACCGCUGUAAUGGCCCCUGUCAUGCCUCAUUAUUAUUGCCCGUAAAGCCAGUCCCUAGAUAUCUAUGUCAAUGAGUUGAUUGCGGUUUUAUUUGAAUAUUAAACAACAAAAAAAUGCUACUCUGUUCCAAUUGAAUAUGAUUUAUAUUUUAUUGAACUGAAUAAGUACUAUAGGUAGGACAUAGGGCCUUAGAAGGCUAUAAAAAGGUUUCCCAUUCCAUUCUAUCAUGAAUAUUUAUUUUGACAAAUCCACGGAGCGACCGACAUACAUACAUAAGCAAAGAUGUAUUGAGAUUGAGUGUACAAGAUGAGUAAAGCCUUAGACAGAUUUGAACUCUGAAUUAGACAACUAAUGUAGAUAGGUAGCGCUGUACGUCUCCGUACAUUAUGCGGUAACACGUCA